CGGAAAGGCGCCGCGGCAGCGCCGCGACGUCCCCAGCCCCGAGCCCUGACGGCUCAGGCUGCAAAACACACACCUGCACAAAGCGACUUUAUCCUGCCGCAAAGCUCAGCGCUCGCGGGGCUCGAAAUCCCCCGUUUCUCUGCAGAAAGCUGCUGGCAAAGGGCAUUUUGCAAAGUCUCGUGAACCGAGCACGUUGCACGGCAGGGAUCCGCGCGCCCCAGCUCCACCGCGGCCUCUCCUGCCCUUGCAGCAGGAGAUGCUUCCAGCCGCUCCACAGGAGAUCGCGGCUUAAUUUCUCUGGGUAGGUAAAGCACGAAAAACCUUCCGCUGGCACCUUGGGCGUUUAGUACCGCUGUUCACGCCGGGCAACACAUCCCUUACCAAACCAGAGGGCUUUGCCCAAGCACAUCAACUAAUGCUCGCAAAAGCCGUUUCUCUUCGCGCCGGUACCGCUGGCUCCUGAUUUGGUAAGUCAGGGAUAUUACCCGAUAAAGGCACAGCCGGUUUUGCCACAUCGAGCCUCGUUGCGGAAGAGCAGUAGAUCCGCAUUUGUGCCACGCUGCAUAGCACCGUGCACCCGGACCGCGGGGACGGCAGCGGCCGGAGGGGACCGGAGGAGUCACCCAGCGCCAGGCAGGGGUAUUUCUGACAACGCAACCAUCGAGCUUCCAGCAGAGCCAGCAAAGUCGUCCGGACACGGACGGUGCUCGACGCGUCUCCUUGCACCCGGUAACCGCAGGUUACACGCUCGCAAGGCAGCCGGGCCCGUGGCCAGCUCCAGAGGCCACUGCUCGCUCCUCGUGUGCUUUAAACCUCGCUCGCCAAGUGGGACGCAGAGCUCCGCAGGACUAAACCCCUCUCUGGGGUGAGCGAGGGAGCAGGCCGCCUCCGAGCAGGGUCCAGCCCUGCCGUCCUCCGAGGAGCGCCAAGGCCAGAGCCACGGGCCAGCGGGACUCGGCAAAGAGGGUCCGUUCCGCCAGGCUUCGGGCCAAGCUCGCGCUGACCCAGCCUUGCAGCAUCAUUUCCCACCUGGGAACGCCCUUAAAUCCGUUUGCCAAACCUGAUCGAGAGUCACUGACACCCCGGAAAGAGACCUGCCAAGAGCAAAACCGCAUGAGAGCCACGAAAUGGGCACUGCGCUCCUAAGCAUCCACGGGGAGCAAAGCCAGGAGACGUUAACCCUGGUCUCAGUGCUAAAGGAUUUGAGAAAGCAAGAUGACUUUGAGAGCCAAAGUGUCACAUCACAACCUGAUUUCUUCUGUACGCUGCCCCAUCCCAGCUCUGCACUAGAGCUGCAGCAGCCGCCUUUCUUAAGCCUUCCAGCCCCCCUUUUCCGCAGAGUCCGAGGAAAGGUCAGCUUGAACCUCAAUCGGAGGCAGGGAUUUUCCUGCAGCGCUCUGCAGGGCUGUUUCCCAUCUCACAGCCGAACUGGUCUGUGGAAAUUCGGCACCGGGGAGUGAAACCCAGGCCCCGAUGAUGCAGGGCAUGUGACGGUGACCGCGGGCAUUCACGGCUCGGGGACGCGGACCGGCCUGUCCGGAGAUAUCGGCCUCCUUCGCGGACGCCUGCAAAGCUGGAAGGAGGCGGCGAGCUUUGACAGCAGAGCCCCAGGAGAGCUCCCCACCGCCCCGGAGGCGCUGGGCCACGCACGCGGCUGGAUUUACGUCCCCACUUUCACGUCCUCCCUUUGCCAUAGCAGCUGUUCGCUCCUGCACACGCUCGACCAGGGCUUCUCCGCUGUGCGGGACGAGUCCUGUAGCACGCAGGACUUAAUCCACUCGCUUCAGACAGGUUUGCACACCACCACGUCCCACGUUCAGAGCAGGAAGGCACGUGGCAAACCCUCCGCGGGGCCUGGGCUGGUUUUGAAGACGCGAUGAAUAUUUGGAAGGUUGCAGUUGUGGCCACAAACCAAAUCUACCCGAAGGUCACGUCGAAGCGGUCUCGGUCCCCCGCCGCAGCCGAGGAUCCAGGCCCCAGCUCCAGCAGGGUCGCAGCUCGGAGCAGAGCUGACACAGGCAGUGAGGCUUUUUCCCCGGAUCUGGAGUAUGGUUUCCUCAGAAACCGCCGUUUCCCACAUGCUGGCGAGGACGAGACUUACGUAAUUCCACGACUUCUCUUGGCAAAAACCCUUCAGCGCUCGCACUCAGCGGACCACAGCCCCGCAGAAAGGCUCGGGGCCACGAGCCACAGCUCACGUGCAGGUGGACACCCGGGGAGCAGCGACGAGUCCCACGGGUCCCGGCAGACCAGGCCAUUUGAGGCUGGCUUCGUUUCCCCCCGGAGCCGGGGGCUUUGACAAGCCCCAUCCCUGCACCUUGCAGGUGAGGCUGCAUGAUGAGGCCGGUCUUGCCCUGAUCUCCCUGCGAGCCCUAUGCCCGGUAAAAAAAUGCUCCUUAUUGCCCAAGAGCUUCUCCCCCAGGCAAACACACUCCGUUUUGUCGUUACGCUUUUAAUUAGAGUCAAUUACUGCCGGGAAUCUCUUCCACAUGCCGGCGUUUGCAGACUGGCCAAGCUAAGCCCAGGCCUCUCGGCUGCGCCGCCACGGACAGACGGACAUGGUGGUUUCCCGUGGCUGCACCAUCGCUCCUUCCCACGGCUCGUCCCAGCCCGUCCCAUUCCCCAGCCUGCUUUUUUGGCCACGACAGCAGAGCCCAGCAGGGACGCAGGCCCCCAGCCCCCCAACCGCAUCCCCUCGCGAUUCCCCGGGUCGUUUAUGCUUCUCGUUAAAGCUGCCGAGGGUGUUGCUUCCCCCCCUAACUAAACCGAGGCCCCAGCAGCCAGGACUCCCGAGCUGUGCUGCAAGCAGAGGCAGAGGAAGGGAUGAAGACGGCAUCCUCUUGGGAGCAGGGUGGACAGUGCAAGGUAGGGUUUUCACUCCGUCUCGGAUUUAAUCCUCGGACUAACAAAUAAAGCUACUUUUCCGAGUUUUAUUCGCCCUCCGAUGGAGGGCUCGAUGGCACACCCACGCUGAGACAUUACAAUGAGGAGGGCAGUGCCAAAUCUCGCUCAGAGCCCGAUAAAAACAAAAGGGGACAGAUAAGGCCGCGGUGGCGCAUGGGUCACCCCGUGGAAGGGAAAACCCAGCUCCCAGGAGCUCUCGGCCAGCAGCUCUCUGAACGCUGGCUGCAGACCCAAAGCCUUGGUCCUCCGCUGAAGGCAGACUCCCGCCCGCGCUGCCACCAAGGGCUCACGUUACUGCUCAAACCCGACCCAGGAACGGGGCUAGUUGUUUUUCCAACUGACCUAGCGAAAAAGGCCUUCGGCUCAACCAGCUCCCCAGUCCGGUUGGCUCUGCAGCUGCCGAAGUCCUCGGGCAGGCGCAAGGGGGACAGCAGAACCGGUUCAACGGCCACAGCCACCAAAGUGGUGACACCACCACAGCCACAGCAACUCCUCCAAGGAAUCUCCUACAUUAAGUGUGCUGCUUUGGCGUGGAUAGCAAAGAACCUAAAAAAAGCUAAAGAACCAGAAAAGCGGCAGACAUCUGCUUGCCUGUGAACUGCCACCACUGCCAGGAGGAGGAGGAGGGAGUUUCCUAUUUGCAGCCUACCGAGAAGUCAACACACCCCAUGAUCUCAGGCCACGCCGCGCGGAAGCCCUGGAAGACUGCGGCUGAGUUAAGCACCUAAGAGCUGUGUGGACAUCCCUCUUUCGCAAGAAGCCCCAGGUUUCCUGCACACGCCUGCAGGGCUACGGACAUCAAACCAUGGCGUAACGCAGGCUGGGCGGGAACUCGGGAGGUCCCUCGUCCAACCCCCCGCUCAAAGCAGGGGCGGCUCGGAGAAACGGUUGCUCAGGGCUUUCUCCAACGCGGUCUUGGAGGUCUCCACGCCAGGGCUGAUACGCGAUGGGGAAGGCAAGGAUGACCACGGAGCCUGGUCCUCCCCCACUGCUGCAAGCGCCCACACCGUAAUCCUGCUCCUCACUCCACCAAGCUGCAUCCCCGAAGCAGCGAGGGUUUGGAUCUCUCUGGACUGACACACAACAGACUGGAGGCUUCCUGGAAGAGCCCCGGCAGGACCAGGAUCUCCUGCCUAGCAAUCCCCGCUGCAACGGAGAAGCGCGAGGCGCUCACGGGCCUAGCGCAUCGCUGUGCCUCAGCGGGCGGCAGAGAGGCGGCGAGAAGAGAGGGCGAAGACGCGGGGACCCAACGCGAGCAGAUCGCAGCGACUCGAAGGCUGCGCUGGGGAGGGACGCGGACGUCCUGGACGCCCUGCGCAACCAGCUCCCCUGCUCCGAAGCCCACGGCUCCCCCCGUCAUGGCUGGGGGGGGGGGAGAUGGAGGACAGCAACUAGACGGCAGGCGCAGCAGCUUGCACAACGCGAGGCGGCUACCAAGGAGAGACGCGCGCCAAGGAGCUCCGCGCCCCGCGGUCCGGCUUUGGAAAUUGGAGGGGGGGUAUCGCAGUCCCCCCCAGCCACCUCUGUGUCCUGCAGUGUCACGGCCCCCCACAGCCUUUCCCCAAGGGUCACUGCCCCCCCUGCCCCCAGGGUCCCUGCUCUCCACAGCUGCCCCCCCCCCCAGGACACUGUCCCCAGCCCCCCCCACCCCUCUCCCCAGCUCACUGUCCCCUUCCAGGUCGCUGUUGUGUCCCACCCCGGGACACUGUCCCCUUUCCAGGGUCACUGGACCCCCACAGCCCCCCCCAAGCCCCCCUGCAGCCUCCUGCCCAGGGCAUUCCCCCCCCCGAGUCACUGCCCCCAAAGCCCCCUCCCCCGGGGUCACUGCCCCCCCACAGCUUCCCCCUCCCGGUCACUGCCCCCCACAGCUCCCUCUACCCCACGGUCACUGUCCCCCACUGCUCCCCCCCCCCCCGCACUGUCCCCUCUCAGGUCACCAUCUUCCCCCCCCUCCAUCACUGCCCCCCCCAAGGUCACUGCGCCCCCCCGGGCGCUGUGUCCCCUUCCGGGGUCACUGCCCCCCCCCCCCGCGCCCUACCGUAUUCUCUGUAGACGCGGGAGCCCUCCCGCCCCGGGGCGCGAGGCAGCCGACGCGACCUCCCUCCCGAUUCAAAUGGCUGCACCGCCCCCCGCCCUCAGCCCAUUGGCUGCCGGCCGGGAUACGUCAGCGCGGCCUCGCGUCACGUGGGGCGGGCGGCGCGGCGCAGGGCGCGGGACUACCAAUCCCGGCAGCGCCCGCGCGUGGCGCGGCCGUCCCGGCGUGCCCCGCGCGGGGCGGGGAGGGGCGGGGCGCUGGUUGCCGUGGCGACGGCGGCGCGCGUGGGGCAGCGGGGCGGGGGGACACGCGUGGGGCUCCGUGCGCGGUGCCACGGGUGGGGGGGCCGUGGGGCCUGUGGGGGGGAGCGGGGAUCAGGUGCGGUGCCCCGCACCGUAGGAGACCCAGCGGGGAGGACCCACGUGGGGCCGAUCCCGCGGGCCCCCCAGCCGCCCCCGGAGCGCCCCGGCCCCAUGGCAUCGACAUGGCGCCAGGAUCCCGAGCGGCGCCUGCUGCUCGCCGCCCCCCUCGACUUCUCCUUCCGCGGCGCCGGCUCCGUCCAAGCCUGGCCGGGCUGCCGCCCGCCCUCGAGCAGCUCCUCGAGGCCCCCGAGCGGCUCUGCUGGCUCGACCUCUCCUUCAACCAGCUGCCCCACAUCGACCCGGUGCUGGCCCGCUACGGCCACCUGCGCCGCCUCGACCUGCACGCCAACCGCAUCGGCAGCCUGGCCGAGGUGCAGGCGCUGGCGGCCCUGCCGCGGCUGCGCCGCCUCACCCUGCACGGCAACCCCGUCGAGGCGCAGCGGGGCUACAGGAGCUACGUGCUCGCCGCGCUGCCCCAGCUGACGUCGCUCGACUUCAGCGCCGUGACCCGGCAGGACCGCGCCACCGCCGCUGCUUGGAAGAGCAUGAACGCCAAGGCGGUGGCUGGAGCCCGGGGGGGCCCCCGCCGCGACCGGCCCCCCAGCCCUGCCAGAGCCUAGGAAGGGAGCGUGACGGAGCCCGGCCACCCCCCUGGGUGCCGGGGAGGCCUGAGGUGAGCGCGCUUGGCAGCUCGGCCUCACGGUCCCCCGCGGCUGGGCUCACCUCCAGCGCGCGGAGGCCCCACCAUGGCCGCUUCCCGAUAAAUAAAGCCCCUCAGCUGCAUCGCAGCAACGAGUUAAGAAAA